AGCACAUGCUUAUUGGGGUUGUCUUAGAAACAAUGCAUGCAGCACAAUGGAAUCACUUUCUGUUUAUCACGGGGCCAUCAGCCGAGACAUGUGUGAGAGGCGCUUGUGUGAAGCAGGUAAAGACGGGAGCUAUUUAAUUCGAGACAGUGAGAGUGUGCCGGGAGCGUACUGCCUCUGUGUUCUAUGUAAAGGUUUUGUCUACACAUACAGACUUCAGCAGGACACAGCGGGCUCCUGGGCAGCAGAGACUGCACCUGGUCAAAAUAAACGUUUGUUCCGGAAAGUCAAGAAUUUGAUAAGUGCAUUUGAGAAACCGGACCAGGGCAUUGCGGUUCCCCUCCUCUACCCCAUAACGGUCCAGAACUACGGCCAGAAUAUUCCCCAUUAGCAGCCUUAAACCAACAGUACAAAAUACAAUAUGUUGAUAAUUUCAUUGUAAAAUCAUGACUUGUUAUGCCCUUUCAUUAUAACACAUGUGGCUUUAUACAUAAAUUAAAAUAUUCUGCCUAGAUGGUGGGUGAACAUAUCUGGUUAUAGCCAUUUUCAAGUUCGUGUUAAGUUGUAUAUUUUCAAAAUGAAAAAUCAAAUUUUAAUUUAAUUGAAAAAAAUUUUUUUCUUACAUUUACUGCUGCAGUAUUUGUGCUUUCAAUAAAAUUAAACAAGACAUAAGGGAGAAUAUAUAUAUAUAUAUAUAUAUAUAUAUAUAUAAUAACAGCAAGGGCAAAAAUGUAUAUGUGGACUUUAAAUCAACUCUCAAAAUUUCACGUGUCAUAUAAUCUCAAUAUAAAAGAAAAAUUCUUAACAUUGUAAGUAUUCAUUUAAUGUUUUAGAUAUCAUUCAGUGCAUGAUGAUCAUUCAGUAUUGAAAACCCUGUUUUCUUGGACCAAAAGUGAAAUGUAAUUGAAUCGAUAGGUCUGGUCAGUGAUGUCAUACAGCAUUAAAUCAAUCAGAAGAGCACAUUCAUCCACAGGAAGAACAACACAUCUCCUAGCAACUCAAUGUUCCUCUCAUAUUGAUUAUGGGGAGUAAAAUCAGCCUUAACAGUCUGUUUACAGUGAUUUCUGUGCUCUGGGAAUAUUUGUGGUUUCAGAUGUUUACAUGGGGACUGCAUUGUCUGUAGAGGACAGCAAAGAAACAGAUACUGUGAAUUUGUAACUGUAAUGAAUGCAGGAGGAAGUCAAGAGAGCAGGAUCUAAGUGCAGCUUUGAAAAAAUGAGUCAAGAUACAAACUUGGAAAAUACAGGAACAAAACAAAAACUCAGGAACUGAACAAAUGUCAAAUCCAUGGGGGUAACAGGAAACAACAUCUGACAAACACACAAGCAAACACAAGGACAUUAAAUACAUUGGGGCAAACAAGGUAAAUGAGAAACAGCUGGGAACAAUCAGGGCAGAAACCAGGAACAGAGACACAAGAAGGUAAACAAAACUUCAAAAUAAAAGUCUCUUAAACACCUAGCGACUUCUGGUGGCCGCUAGGGCAAAAGUCUCAGGUGUGACAACAAAUUUUUUUUUUUCUUUUACUAUUGUAUAAAAGGUGAGGGAUGUAGCUGUUCACAUUAUCUUUAAAUUUCUAAAAGAUUUAAAAUGAUAAUGCAGGUUUAAAAAAAAACAUGAAUAAAAUCCUAAAAAUGUAGAACAAACCUUAUUACUUAGAUCUCACAUGAUGAAAAGUCAAAACCACCAUUUCUGAUACUACUGCGAAUUUUACAGCUGUGUAGGGGACUGAACUAUUAAUCUCAAUCCUAAAUAUAUGUAUUUAUUUUGUAUUAUCUAAAUAUUUUGGUUAUUACUAUUCAUGAAGUGCUGUAUUAUUUAAUUCUUGUUAAAGUUUGUAUUUUAUACAAUUUGAAUAGAUAACCGAGUAAAUGUUGGUAAUAUAAAUUUUAUUGUCUUGUAAAAAGUCUUGCCAAAAAAAACAAAACAAAAACAAAACCAAAAAAAAAAAAACUUGACGUUACUCUUUCAAGACAUGUUUUGUAGUUGAAUGUUACAUGGUUGAAGAUCAAAGCAAAAAUGUCUAAUAACUGCCUUAUAAAGUGGCUGAUCUACCGGGGUGGCAUAGGUUGGCAGCUGCCACCUUAAGAAAAAGCAUUGCCACUCCAGCAUUUGGUAUCCUAAUGUAUAUAAUAUAAAUGUAUAUUUCAGUUGAUGCUGACAUUACGUAAGAGUUUAUUUAUGUCGAACUGUCUCAACUUGAACCGAAUGAAAAUGACAACAGCGGUCCUUGACUAUCAUGGCCAGGGGCAGACUGGUACUGAAAAGUGGCCCUGGACUCUCUGGCCCAGAGCAGCCCACCAAACCCAGCCCACAACAUACCACAUCAUAACACACUGGCUCAUUGAUUCGAUUUUCUGGCUCAAUUUCAAAUUUUUGUGUUAAAAAAAAAACAAAAAACAAAAAAACAAAAAAACAUAUAUAUAUAUUCUAUUGACUGCUAGUCAUGACAACAGGCCCCAUGGUGCAGAAAUUGUCAUAACUUUAAAACAUAUAAAACUGGAUUUUUUUAGAGAAAGCACUAAAAAUAAGCACUUUAUAGCUCAGACAAAUAACAUGUCUGGAAACUGUUUUCCCAACAUACAAAUGUUAGGUUAAAAUGUACAUGAAAGUACAAGGGAAAGUGUGUAUUUUAGGUGCUGUGACAAGUCAUUUCUUCAAAGUUUUUAAAGAAUUUAAUCACCUUUCAACUUUUUUCUAGAAGUGCAAAUAAACUAUUGUCUUAGUUAAUAUGAGGUUGUGGAAACAACAAGUAUAACAAUAAUAUAUUAUUAUUAUGUAGCUAUACAAGAUCUUAAAAUGUUGUUUAAAAUAGUUAGAUGAAGAAAGUGUCACACAGCAGGACACUGAUGACAAUGCUUAAAAUUUCAAGUCAAUUACUCACAUAACUAUGUGUACAGGUUUAUUUAAAAAAAUAAAAUAAAUGAAAAAAUUGGCCAGAAUAUGUACGCAUAUAAAUAUAAACAAAUAUAAAUAUAUGUAAAAGUAAUAAUAAACAUACCUCUUAAAGUGUAGAAGAUCUUUGCAGAUAUUUUGCAGAUUUAUUGCUCAUAUUUCCACUCUAUGUGAGUUUGUUGCGUCUUUAUAUCUGCAGUGUUUUAAUUCCUUCCCCAGAUUAUUCUUGAGAAAAAGUGAAAAGAUCUAAGCUUUGACAAGCGCUGUUUCUGCUAUCCUUUAAACAAAGUAAGCCUCAAAGACUCAAAUAGCCACAUAGUAAUAUUUUUCAUGACUUAUUUUCAACAUUUUUAUCAGGCGUGAGCAUUAUUCAGCAAGCCGCACUUAGCUGCCUGCAGUAUGAAUACAUUAUGCAAAUGACUAUGUACUGGUCAUAGCUUUACAGUUUGCAGAUUUUAUAUAUGCUGCUGUUAUUGUAUUUGUUCUAACUUGCAGUUAUUUGUCAUUUAGUGAUUAUUCAGAACUCAUCUUAUCCUUAAAAUGUUGUCUUUGGUUGUGACCAUUAUUGUGAUUUGUAUGUCAAAUAAUUAGGUCCAUGCGAGGUAUGGAAAUGUGCUAUAAUGCGCAAGUAUAAAAACAGAGUCAGUACCAGCCACAGCACAAAAUGGAAUGAAAUGCAAAUAAAAACCAUGAAAUGCUGAAAUAAUGCCUGCAUUUGUUUGGAAUGUUGAAAUUCACUUCAGCAAUAUCAAAUGUUAUUAUAUAUGGUCAAAUGUGUAUUUUUCACAAACAAACGAUAAGAAAAGCAAGAUUUGAUCUGGCAACCUUGCUCAAAAGUCAAACACACUACCAUGAACGAACUGAAUGUACUGGUACACUUGUUUGCGAACGAAAUCAAUGACUCUUGUCAUCUCGUUCAUGAGUGAGAAUAUGCUGACUGACUGAUGUUCAGUUCGACAUGUGAGUCAACCACGUUCAAUAAGGAAAGAAAAAUGUGAAAUGCACUAAGACAAGUUUAUAGGUAUGAAAAAACAUAAUCCCCAAUUUAUGAAUGUGUAAAAAUGACUGAAGACCAUACAGUUAAAAAGACAUGAAUUAUGAAUGGAAAUGUUUUGCUUUGGUGCACACAGUGUUUAGGAUUUCCUCAAAUGUUUUCUGUGUCUGA